CGGUAAACUUGGUGCUAAUCUACAUGUAGGUUCAAUGGACUCGCAACAAUCUUUGCCACAAGUGUCUGAAACUGUUGUGACCUCUGAAGCAGAAGAUAACCAAGUUCGAUCAGCAUCGUAUACAGAGAGUUCAAGUAUAAAUGAACAUGUGCCUUCAAUAGAUACAUAUUCUGAACAGUCUCAGAAUGAAACGAGUAAUUUAAACAUUGGCAGCGAUGGUACUCUGAACAUUAAACAAGAGUGUAGUACUGAUUCCGAGACAGACUUAAAGAUCACAGGCAUGGAGCUGCCUCAAAGUGGUUUUAUACAAGAUGAAAGCUUGCCAGAUGGGAUGUCUACCAUGUUAGAUAAUAGCAAGGAUAUGAGCUAUGAAACUAGUGUUGCGAUGGGAACAAGUGAUCUCCAGUCAAAACAUAAAGAAGAAGUCCGUACGUUACCAGCUGAAAGACCUCGGCACCAUCACACUUCUUACUGGACAGAUGAAAGUAAUACACAAUACAAACAGAUGGAGAAGGAUCUAACGUGUAUAUACUGCUCAAAAGUUUUAAGUAAUCUGGCCAAUUUGAAACGUCAUUUAAGAAUACAUGAAGGAAUUUAUCCGUACCAGUGUCAGUUUUGUGACAAGAAGUUUUCAGACGCUAGUAACGCCAAGAAACACGGUAUUAUUCACUAUUUGGAGAAACAACAGACAUAACAAAUAGAUAGUUUAGCUCAGUAAUGACAAUAUCGAAAGAUUAUUUUAGAAAUUGUGGUUCUUAUUUUUGUACUUUUUAAGCGAUUAGAACUUAUCGUAUGCAGUAUCAUGCUAUGAAAAUAAAAGAGGCAUUUUGAUCGGACCAAUUUAUCAAACUACUUGAUGAUAUCAAAUAAUUCUACAAUUACGCUUAAUGUUAUGAAAUAUAUCGGCUGCAACAGAUGAUAACAAAUUUACACUUUCUAUUAUUAGCGUAAGGUAAAAUCACUCGACGUCUGAUAUUUAUCUUAGAACGUUUAUCCCCAUAAAAAAUAUUUUUAUUAGCCGGCCUGAGCACAACCAGUUUCCCUAAUAUUUUUUUCAAGUUAAAUUUGAUUUUGAAGAAGUAGGUGCAAGAAUAGCUUUAUAAUACAGUUUGUAAUAUGGUGGUUCGGAGACCUUGUAAAUUUUGUAUGAUCAGGUUUGGUUCCCUUCUACACUACACUAAUGAGUACGAUAUCAAAGUUUGACUUGGAAUGACUAAGAAUGUGACCCAUACUUCUGUAUUUAAUAAUUAAUUUAUAACAUUUUCGAGAUGUUCUUAGGUCAUCGUGUCCCUCUUUGUAUAACAAAUUUACAUCGUCGAAUAUUUCCGUUAUCAAAGUAUGUACAUGUCGCCCAUAUCUUCAACAAUUACCCACCCUCUCCCAGUCAUAUGUGUAAGUGAUCGAAUUUUAAUAUGAAAUGUGUGAGAUAAAUAAAUUUAAAAAAUG